GUCAGUUAGCUUGCUACCUAACCGAAGAGGACCGCUCGGCGGCAGACGUCUAUCGGCAUAAAUGUGAUUGUUUCCCGGCGGCGCACAGCCACAGCUUCUGCGCGGCCCGAAACAACGUUGGCUCACGUUCAUUCCCCGUCGGAGAGGAGCGAAAACUUCCCCGACUUAAAAGACCCAACCGAGGGGCUUUUCUGGAUACUUUUACAGCCUCCUUUUUGCGACUAAGUGGGAAUCCCUGACGCUAAAGGCCCGAAGCUAGCCGAAUUAGCCGGCUGCUAGUUGAUGUUUUCGCGCAAGGAUUUUUGAAAAUCACCGACUUUGCAGACGUUUUGAAUAUCUUGGGGUGUCUGGUAAAGGUUUUGUGAUCUUCUAUGUAAGGUUUUUGUUGGAAGGAGACACAGGGAUGACUCCGAAGCCAAGUUGUCAACAAGAGCUCGCGGCGGACUAAUUGAUGGUCGCAAACAUCCAAGACAGGGCAGUCCUCACCGCGUAGACCACCGACACAUCUACAGGACUAUAUUAACCGACCAGGGGUCUUCUAUCCAGCUGACGUUUUUUUUUUAACCCCGUCCAACUCCCCCGAGAUGGAGGACCGCGACAAUAUGGACUACUUCUACCAGCAGGUGCUGCAGAAGGAUGUCACCCGCCGGUUGCAGGUCGGCCAGGACCUCAUCGACUACCUGAGCGACCCUUCUCGCUCGCCUGAUGUGGAGCAGGACAAAGCCCGGCUCGACAAGACCAUCGACGAGCUCACCGGUUGGGUCAACUCCAGCAAUUUCAAGGUGGCGGUGUUGGGCAUCGACAUCUGCUCUGCUUUCGUGGACCGCCUUGGCGAGCGCUUUCGGGGUCACCUGGGCACAAUCCUGCCAGCCCUGGUGGACCGGCUGGGCGACAGCAAGGACCAGGUCCGGGAGAACAGCCAAGCGCUCAUCCUUCGCUGCAUGGAGCAGUCGGCCUCGCCCAUGUACGUUUGGGAAAGACUGGUGCCCGCCUUCAAACACAAGAACUUCCGGAGCCGAGAAGGACUCUGCCUUUGCCUCAGUGCCACGCUCAGCUCGUAUGGCGCCCAGAACCUGAGCCUGAGCAAGAUCGUUCCUCAUCUGUGCACUCUGUCGGCGGACCAGAACCCUCAGGUACGAGAGGCCUCCAUCACAACCAUAGUGGAUAUUUACCGGCACGUCGGCGAGAGGGUACGAGCCGACUUGGCGAAGAGAGGACUGCCUGCCGCGCGGUUGCAGACCAUCUUCGCUCGCUUUGAUGAAGCUCUGAAUUCGGGCAACAUGGCUCUCAGCCCCAGUCACGAUCGAAGUUUCGAUGAUGACGACAGUGUGGAUGGGAACCGCUCGUCAUCCUCGGGGUUCAAAGUCCCCAAAGUCCCGAAGAAGACUGCCGAGCCGGCGGCGGCCCGACGGCCCAGUGCUACCGGAAAGCUAGGGUCCAAAGAAGCCGCCGGGGCUAUGGACGAAGAGAACUUUGUCAAAGCCUUCACAGAUGUCCCAACUGUCCAGAUCUACUCCAGCAGAGAUCUGGAGGACAACCUCAACAAUAUCCGGGAGAUCUGCUCCGAUGACAAGCACGACUGGGACCAGCGGGCCAACGCCAUGAAGAAGAUCCGCUCCCUGCUGGUGGCCGGCGCCACCUCCUACGACUGCUUCUACCAGCACCUCCGCCUCUUGGACGGCGCCUUCAAGCUCUCGGCGAAGGAUCUCCGAUCCCAAGUGGUCCGGGAGGCCUGCGUCACCGUGGCACAUCUCUCCUCCGUGCUGGGCAACAAAUUUGACCACGGCGCCGAGGCCAUCGUCCCCGUCCUCUUCAACCUCAUCCCCAACUGUGCCAAAGUCAUGGCCACCUCUGGCGUGUCAGCCAUUCGCAUCAUUAUAAAGCACACUCACGUCCCGCGACUGAUCCCCUUGAUCACCAGUAACUGCACCUCUAAGUCGGUGGCCGUUCGGAGGCGCUGUUAUGACUUCCUGGACCUUCUGCUGCAAGAGUGGCAGACGCAUUCGCUAGAGAGGCACACGGCUGUUUUAGUGGAAAGCAUCAAGAAGGGAAUUCGAGACGCCGACUCAGAGGCGCGCGUCGAAGCCCGCAAGGCGUACUGGGGUCUGAGGAACCACUUCCCGGGCGAGGCGGACGCGCUUUACAACUCUUUGGAGCCGUCGUACCAGCGCACCUUGCAGUCGUGCCUGAAAAGUUCGGGCAGCGUGGCUUCGCUGCCUCAAAGCGACCGCUCGUCGUCGUCUUCGCAGGAGAGCCUCAAUCGGCCGCUGUCUUCGAAAUGGUCGGCAGCUCCGGGGCGAGUCUGUGCGGGUUCAAAAGGCAGCGGGUCGUUGUCGGCGGCCUCCCUGCAGCGCUCCCGCAGCGACGUGGACGUGAACGCCGCCGCCGUGGCCAAGCAGCGGCACGCGGCGCCGACGCCAAAGGGGCCCAGCCGCCUGCCCCCCGGCUCCUACGCCUCACUGGAUGAUGCCUCUGAUAAAACGGAUGGUCGCGUGCGGACCAAGCAGCCCUUGACGGCCGCCACCAGCGUCUCCGCCCAGGUGGACUCGAGGGGACGCAGCCGCACCAAAAUGGUCUCCCAGUCGCAACGUACGUCACCUUCGUCACGGCGCAUCUCUCAAAGUUCCGACGAAUCCGAUUGCACACCAGCGGGAAGCCGCAGCGGCUCGCCCGGCCGCGUGCUGACCACCACGGCGCUCAGCACCUUGAGCUCGUCGGCCCAUCGGGUGCUACCAGGGACCGCCGGGGACGGGCGCAGGAGGAGCCGCAUCCCUCGAAGCCAGGGCUGUUCCAGAGAUUCUUCCCCCACCCGCUUGUCAGUCGCUCCCUCCAGUUUGAGUUCCGUCUACAACGGCGCCAGCAGAGGAGCCCGGGGCAGCCGCAUCCCCCGGCCCAGUAUGAGUCAGGGCUGCAGCCGAGAGGCCAGCAGGGAAAGCAGCCGGGACACCAGCCCCGUACGCUCCUUCACGCCCCUCGCCACGCGGAGCUACUCUCGCUCCACGGGAGCUCUCCACACACCCGACGCUUUCGGGGCCGCAGGCUCCAGCUUCGGCAUGGGUCAAUCCAGCCGCCUGUCGUCCUCGGUCAGCGGCAUGAGGGUCCUCAACACCGGCUCGGACGUGGAAGAGGCGCUGGCGGACGCCCUGCUGUUGGGAGACAUACGAUCUAAGAAGAAGCCGGCGCGGCGGCGCUACGAGAACUACAACAUGUAUUCGGACGACGACGCCAACAGCGACGCGUCCAGCGCCUGCUCGGAGCGAUCCUACAGCUCCAGGAACGGCGGCGCCAUCCCGACCUACAUGAGGCAGACGGAAGACGUGGCCGAGGUUCUGAACCGCUGCGCCAGUGCCAACUGGUCCGAAAGGAAGGAAGGUCUACUAGGCCUCCAGGCCCUCCUGAAGAAUCAGCGCACCCUCAGCCGCGUGGAGCUGAAGAGGCUGUGUGAGAUCUUCACUCGCAUGUUUGCCGACCCGCACAGCAAGCGAGACUCCGGCAGGGUGUACGGCACAGCAGAAUCCGGUAUAAGCUCAGCUUCCUUCAAGAGAGUUUUCAGCAUGUUCCUGGAGACCUUGGUGGACUUCAUCCUGGUCCACAAGGAGGACCUUCAGGACUGGUUGUUCGUGUUGCUCACCCAGCUGCUGAAGAAGAUGGGCGCCGACCUGCUGGGCUCGGUGCAAGCCAAGGUCCAGAGGGCGCUGGACGUGACCCGAGAGUCCUUCCCCAACGACCUCCAGUUCACCAUCCUCAUGAGGUUCACCGUGGACCAAACGCAGACCCCCAACCUCAAGGUGAAGGUGGCCAUUCUGCGGUACAUCGAGACCCUGACGCUGCAGAUGGAAGCUCCCGACUUUGUCAACUCCAGUGAGACUCGGCUGGCCGUCUCGCGUAUUAUCACUUGGACCACCGACCCCAAGAGCUCGGAUGUCAGAAAGGCGGCCCAGGCGGUGCUGAUCGCCCUCUUCCAGCUCAACACGCCCGAGUUCACCAUGCUGCUGGCAGCGCUCCCCAAGACCUUCCAGGACGGAGCCACCAGGCUGCUCCAAAACCACCUGAAGAACACGGGCAACAUGGCACAGGCCACGAUAGGCAGUCCUCUGGCCCGACACACCCCUCGCUCUCCAGCCAGUUGGUCCAGCCCGGUGACGUCUCCCACCAACACUUCGCAGAACACCCCCUCACCAAGUGCAUUCGACUACGACACGGAGAACAUGAACUCCGAGGACAUCUACAGCUCUUUGAAGGGCGUCACCGAAGCCAUCCAGAACUUCAGCGUGCGCAGCCAAGAAGACAUGAACGACCAGCUCCAGGAGGGCGGCAGCGCCGCCGUGGACGGCCCCGUCGACGGCGGACGCACAGCUCUGGACAACAAAACUUCUCUUCUCAACACGCCCCUGCUCUCCUCCAGCCCCCGGGGUGCCCGCAAGCUCCUCUCAGACUCUCCGUACAAGCCCGGCCGCAAAGACGGCAGCAUGGAUGACACGGAGCGGCUCACGGACGAAGGCGGCAUGGACCAGUCGGAGCUGAUGGGCGACUUGCUGAAGGAGCUGUCUAAUCACAACGAGCGUGUGGAGGAGCGCAAGGCAGCACUCAGUGAGCUGCUCAAGCUCAUCCAUGACAACACGCUGCAAGUGUGGGACGAGCAUUUCAAGACCAUCUUGCUGCUGCUGCUGGAGACCAUGAGCGACAGGGAGCCUGUGAUCCGCACGUUGGCUCUACGGGUCCUGCGAGAGAUUCUCAACAAGCAGCCGUGGAGGUUCAAGAACUACGCUGAGCUCACCAUCAUGAAGGCCCUGGAGGCGCACAAAGAUCCACACAAGGAGGUGGCACGGGCGGCCGAGGAGGCGGCGGCCAUGCUGGCGCUGUCCAUCAGCCCCGAGCAGUGCAUCAAGGUCCUGUGCCCCAUCAUCCAGUCGGCCGACUACCCCAUCAACCUGGCCGCUAUUAAGAUGCAGACCAAAGUGGUGGAAAGGAUCCCCCGCGACGGCCUCGGAGGACUGCUGCCUGAGAUCGUGCCGGGACUCAUACAGGGUUAUGACAACUCGGAGAGCAGCGUGAGGAAGGCCUGCGUCUUCUGUUUGGUGGCCAUCUACGCCGUCAUCGGCGAGGACCUCAAGCCGCACCUCAGCCAGCUCUCCAGCAGCAAGUUGAAGCUGCUGAACUUGUACAUCAAGCGCGCCCAAUCGGGCGGCAGCGAACCGCCAUCAGAUGGCCUAUAGUGGAAACUGCGCCCUCCUGUGGCAUACAGUUGGAAACGGCUGUCACUCAAGGAUGAUGAAAAAAAAGGUCCGUCCCAUGCCCACCUCCUCAUUGGCUUAAAUGACCAAUUGAAGCUCACUUUUUUUUGGAUUAGGAUUGAGUCUAAAAGGUGCUGACCGGCAGAAAAGAUAAAAGUCAUAAGCGGUACACAAGCAGACGUGCUUGGCUAUGCAUGACUCGCCGUUUAUUGUUUAUUUUUUGGGUUCUUUUAUCCCAGUCCUAAUUUUUUUUUUUUUUAAACGAAUGUGAACAAAAUGGCCGCCCCUUUCAAAAUGAUGGCAAUGUGGAUAUGUGUCUUCUAUAUGAAAAAAGAAAUAUCCCAAAUAGUCCUUCAUGGGGGUGUGCACAUUUUCUUAUUUUUCACUUUCUUUCCCCAGCCUUGCCUUCUUUUACUCUUGUAGAUUAUUUUUCCUCUUUUACAGAAUCAAACAUGUCACUUUGUCUUUUUGCAGUCAUGUAACCUUUUAGUUUGUCUGUUGUCUUAUUCCGCUUUGCGUCCUCUCCACCCACAUUCUGUGUAUUUCCAAAGCCGUGCUUACAAACACAAUAAAGAACUUGUACAGAU